AUGGGUUCUCAACAAUCAUGUCACCGUGCCUCCCAAGGCGAUGUCGAGCCUAAGCAAGCUAGAAAAAACAAAGUUAAACGCCAGAUAAUAAGCGAAGAAGACCUCAAGACGUAUACGGGUAUGAACCGCAAUCAGUUCGACGCUUGGUCUGCGUCUACGCCAGGCGUCGGCAAAAACCAGCUGGCUGGGAAACUUGCAUUAGGAAGCGCCGGGGGCAUUACGGGUAUGGCUAUCGCAGGCGGAUUCGGUGGCUGGGGACGAAGCGCUGAGCCAAUGGAUGAUAAUCGUGGAAUGAAGUUUCCACCAGUGCAGAAAUAG